AUGGACGUCGACCAGAACGCAGCACCCCAGGGUGAUAUCUCCGAGAAUCGCCGUGCGGCUAUCUUCGGUCUGGGCAUUGGAUUCAUUGUCUUUGACUCAAUUGUUAUUGCGCUGCGCAUAUAUGUACGCGGUUUUAUGCUGCGCGCUCUCGGAACCGAUGAUAUACUUAUGGUAAUUGGCACAAUACUGAACUUUGGAUUAUCAAUAACGAUUAUGAUCGGGUCCCAGUACGGAAUUGGGAAACAUGCACUUGCCAUGAAGCAAAGCGAUACCGUACCGAUGCUAAAAUGCAUCUGGGCCACGCGCAUCCUUUACACACUUGCCAUGGGGCUGGUCAAGAUGUCCUUGCUGUGGUUCUAUCUCCGUCUUGAUCCUCGCAAAUACAUGCGUUGGGCUGUCUUCUUCGUCAUGUUCAUCAACAUCGGAUUAUCCCUUGCAAGCUUCUUUGGUGCAUUGAUAGGCUGCAGACCCGCAUCCUUGUUUUGGACCAACCCAACGUCGAGUGAUUGUAUGAGCAUGGAAAUGUCACAACGCUUCUAUGAGGUCAAUGGCAUCCUGAACAUCGUGACAGAUAUCUUGAUAUAUCUUCUGCCAGUCCCCAUGCUUUACGGACUCCAAUUGAACUGGCGCAAGAAGGGAGCCAUCCUGGGAAUAUUUGGGCUAGGUAUCUUAUCCAUUGCUGCUGGAUGCAUUCGCUAUGACUUCGUCAAGAAGCUGGCUUCAGCGAAAGAGGAUUAUUAUCUUCUAUUGGCUGACUCUCUCAACUGGUGCACGAUUGAGGCUUUCAUUGCAAUCUUCUGCGGUUCCGCCCCAUCCCUCUCUGUGUUGAUCAAGUCCUACGCCCCGUACAUAUUCGGUUCUAGUGCCUCCAGAUACCCGAGUACCGCACGAUCUCCCGGGGCAAGCUACGUGCAACGGAGGAACCCUUUAAAAAGCAAUCGACGCCGAGGACUGGGCGAUACGACAUUGGGUAGUCAGGAUGCCAUCGUCAGUGUCAAUAAUGUGGACCAAGAUCAGAAUGGUAUCAUGAUGAAGACGGAUAUACAGACGGAUGUCACAUCAAGGAAAUCAGGGGACGAUAUGACUUACAAAAGAGAGUAUUAUGAGUUUUCGAGGAGAGCAUGA